AUGCGAAACUACAAGCGAACUCGCACGCAGUUUUCCGAAGACCAAAUCUGUGCCCUGGAAAAGUUGUUCGAAGAAAGUCACUACCCAGACUCUUCUGCCCGGAAUGAACUGGUUGCCGCAACUGGCUUGACAGACUCCAAAAUCCAAGUGUGGUUCCAGAAUAGACGAGCUAAGGCCCGAAAGGAGAAGUAUGUGGCUCCGUUGACUUCGUGCUACUGCAAAAAAUACCAUAACGCAAUCGAAUGGGAAGCGAUCCCGCAACAGAGCUUCUCAAGUGGUGUUGCGGCAGAUGUGCAAAUCAGUAGGGACCACAGGGCCAAUCUUCGCUCUUGUCGACUUUUUGACCAAGGUAGUAGCACAGAAUGUUCCAACAACGGUUAA